GUGCAUAAUUGUUGCUGCCGUUGUAGUACACGACAACGGUCGUUGAUGGCAUUUGCACUUCAGCGCGCGGGAUGAGAACUGGGUGCGUGUCGUGGGUGUCACCCGACCGAUUUCCAUGGUGGCCAGCCUACGUGUGCGAUCCGUCCAAGGUGGACCCUGCCAUGCACAACCUGAAGUCCACGCGAGCGCGAAAGAACAUCGUCACACAAGCAUUAGAUAACCAUUCGUUGUCGAUUGUAUAUUAUUUCGGAACGCACGACUUCGGCCUCCUCAAAUCUGCCAACCUGCGUGAAUGGGGAGGACCGGAUCACGCUAAAAUGUUGGGCAUGCAUCCGAGCUCGGCCAAGACUGAGCUCUGGGUGGUGACGAAGUUUUCUCUCGCCAAGCACGAAGCCGAGAUGUAUUUGGCUCAGUGCGCUUUAGGCAAGGACGUCUUGCCGUACUUGAACGUAGAACAUGAAGAGGAUGAACCCGAAUUGACUGUCCAGGGGAACGAGGUCAUCCCAUCAAACCCCCCAGACCCCAGUACCGCCUACGGGUCUGUCGGAUGGGCGAUCACCGAUGGGUUCCCCUUCCUCCCUGUUCGAGUAUUAGACCCCACACUAGUCCAGACGGACCCGUCCUCCCAAGAUGAAAUCGAGAGCGUGCAGAGGGCCACCGAAGCGCCGCACAUCUUUCACUUGGUCUUCGUGUUCGGGCGAUGCAAACUGUAUUGCGUCGAAACCAUCCACCCGUGGGGCGGGCCGCGACACGCUGACUUUGCGAGAGGGUUCCCUACAAACCUUCGCAACCCGCAGCAUCUACUGAUGCUGCCCACAGCAUUGAAGGAUGCACAGAGAUAUCUCGAGAAUACGACGCCAUCAUCGCCGUCGCCCCAAAGACCUGCACCGACGGCUCAAGCAAGGUUGACGUCGCCAUCUCCACGACCAUCACCCGCCCAAGAUCCCGGCCAGAAGGAGUCGGUGACAGGGGCGAUGGGGUGGGCAGAGCAACCUCGUGGGUAUUGGGUGCCAGUGUUCCUGUGCGAUCCCAUGCAACUGGACCACCAAACCAUCGCAUUCAGUGGAGCAGGGGACCACCUGACCUUUGAAGAUUUGGAAGGGGCGCAAACUUUCCCCAACGUUUUCCGGAUUGCGUACCGUUUUGACCAAGAACAGUUUUGGAAGUUGCCGCAAGGGGGCAAAGUGACUCCGUGGACAGGGAAGCUCCACAAGGCGCACGUUCAAGCGUGUAAGCGCACAAACCCGAGUGCAUUUAAAAAAGCCCAGAAAUUUGUGUUGGAUGCGCGGGGACAUCCCAACGAAACUUGUGUCCCCUACAAGACCAAUACAAAGCGAACGUCGGCAAGCCGAACAAAGCGACAACCCCCCUCGUCGUCUGGGCGAGCGCGCCGCGAAAAACUGUCCCGUAGUUCAAGCGCCAUCGACGACAACGCGUUACUAGGGAGGAUUGACAUUUCGAUUGACAACAUGGAGGGGUUAGACGAUGAGUAAAAUAACAUUACAUAUUAAUUGUUACAUUCUUUUCA